CUAAGCAGAAACAAAUAAAUGUGCUGUAAUAUAUACCACAUGGAUCGGGCUAGGUAGCGCCACACUGUUUACCUGAAGUCGUGAAACUGGUCAAUCCUGUGGCGUUACUCUUCCGUGCCAUUUACUUUUACGCGACACAGUUAGUCGUCAUUGCUGCACUGAGUUUAUAUAUAAACCUACUGUGCAUAUCACUUCUACCUUAUGUGAUUAUUCAGCCUGCUCCACGCUGUAGACCACAGAAAACUCCUUAAAUCUAAGAGCACAGUCAUGCUUCGUCUUGUGAGGAGCCAGGGCAGAGGUUUUAGGGUCUGCAUGUGCUGUCAGCGGAGGUCUCAGCAUAACCACCAGAAUCACAAAAGUGUGAUUGCCAUCCGGCGUGAGGAUGUCAAUGUGUGGGAGAGACGUGCGCCCCUUGCCCCACGACACGUCAGGGAGAUCACAGCGGCUGGGCACAAGGUGCUCGUGCAGCCUUCCAACAGACGAGCCAUCCAUGACAGAUACUAUGAAAAGGCAGGCGCUGUUAUCCAGGAGGACAUCUCGGAAGCGUCUCUCAUCGUUGGUGUGAAAAGGCCCCCAGAAGAAAAGGUGUACCCUCGAAAGACCUACGCCUUCUUCUCUCACACAAUUAAAGCACAAGAGGCAAACAUGGGACUCCUAGAUGACCUUCUUAAAAAGGAAGUUCGACUCAUUGAUUAUGAAAAGAUGGUGGAUGCUAAUGGGUACAGAAUUGUAGCAUUCGGACAGUGGGCUGGUGUUGCAGGAAUGAUUAACAUUCUGCAUGGUCUGGGUCUGCGUUUCCUUGCCCUUGGACACCACACACCAUUUAUGCACAUUGGUAUGGCACACAACUACAGAAAUGUCAGCCAGGCCAUCCAGGCAGUAAGGGAUUGUGGAUAUGAAAUAUCUUUAGGUCUGAUGCCCAAGUCCAUAGGCCCUCUUACAUUUGUGUUUACCGGCACCGGCAAUGUGUCCAAGGGCGCUCAAGACAUUUUCAACGAGCUCCCAUGUGAGUACGUGGAACCUCAUGAACUGAAAGAAGUCUCUUUGAGUGGAGACUUGACGAAAGUGUACGCCACAGUGAUCAGCAGACAUCACCACCUGAUGAGGAGGAGUGACGGACUCUAUGACCCCCUGGAGUAUGAAAAUCACCCUGAGCUCUACACGUCACACUUCAGGGAAACUGUGGCCCCUUAUACAACUUGUCUAAUAAACGGUAUAUACUGGGACCCUCAUACACCCAGACUACUGAGGAGACUUGACGCUCAGCGGCUGAUUAGACCUGUUAUAACUACAUCAUCAUCAGCUGAUUAUGGCUGCCCUGGUCUUCCCCACAAGUUCUUGGCAAUUUGUGACAUUUCUGCAGACACCGGUGGCUCCAUUGAGUUCAUGACUGAGUGUACAACUAUUGAGAAACCUUUUUGCAUGUAUGAUGCCAACCAGCAUAUUGACCAUGACAGUGUUGAAGGUAAUGGCAUUCUCAUGUGCUCCAUUGACAACCUGCCUGCCCAGCUUCCCAUUGAGGCCACUGAGUAUUUUGGUGACCGGCUGUUCCCUUACGUUAUGGAGAUGCUCCCAUCAGAUGCCACCAAACCACUGGAGGAAGAGGAUUUCUCUCCACAAGUCAGAGAUGCUGUAAUCACAUCCAACGGGAAGUUGACACCUAAGUUUGAAUACAUUCAGAAACUUCGAGAAAGGAGGGAAUCGGAGCAGAUCCUAAAGAAAGGCGGAAUGAAGCGGGUGCUUUUGCUGGGUGCAGGCUAUGUGUCUGGGCCAGUUAUUGAGUAUCUCACCAGGGACGCCGGCACUCAGGUCACAGUGGCAUCAAAUCUGUUGAAUCAAGCUGAAGACAUGGCAACCAGAUACCCCAACACCAUCGCUGUGAUGCUGGACAUCACCAGCCAGGAAGGCCACCUCGAGUCUCUGAUUAAAGACCACGACAUCGUCAUCAGCAUGCUGCCAUACUCCUUUCAUCCACAAGUAGCCAAGCACUGCAUUAAAAUGAAAGUGAACAUGGUGACCGCCAGUUACUUGAGUCCAGCCAUGAAAGAGCUUCAGAAGAGUGCUGAGGAUGCUGGCAUCACCAUCGUCAAUGAGAUGGGUCUGGACCCUGGCAUUGAUCACAUGUUGGCCAUGGAGUGCAUCGACCAGGCCAAGGCAGACGGUUGCACUGUUGAGUCUUACAGCUCGUUCUGUGGUGGGCUUCCUGCCCCAGAGUGCUCAGACAACCCACUGCGUUAUAAGUUCAGCUGGAGUCCAUACGGUGUCCUGCUCAACACUAUCAGUCCUGCCAUCUACCUGAAAGACAAUCAGAUUGUCAGUGUUCCUCCUGGAGGUGCUCUCCUGGAUGCCACAAAGGAGAUGGACUUCAUGCCUGGUUUCAACCUGGAAGGCUUCCCCAACCGGGACAGCACCAAGUACGCCGAGCCGUACGGCAUUGAGUCUGCGCACACACUGAUCAGAGGAACUUUGCGCUUCAGGGGCUUUUCCUCUGCAAUGAGUGGCUUUGUGAAAUUAGGACUCAUCAACACAGAGCCAUGUCCACUGUUGGACCACACCGCUUCCCCUGUUUCAUGGAAAGAGCUUCUCUGUAAGCAGAUUGGCUUGUCCACUAGUGUGAGCAACAGUGUGUUUGAGGAUGCUGUUUAUGAGCGAAUCGGUAAAGACGACUUCAGAAUGCAGAGUCUCAAAUGGCUCGGGCUGCUUAGUGAAGAGCCAGUUCCUCAUGCCGAAACCAUCUUAGCAGCGGUUGCUAAGCAUCUGGAGGCUAAACUUUCUUUCGACAAGGGUGAGCGCGAUAUGAUCAUCAUGAGGAAUGAUGUUGGAAUCAGACACCCAACAGGCGAGCUGGAGACCAAGCACAUCAGUCUGGUGGUUUACGGGGAUCCCAGUGGAUACUCGGCCAUGGCCAAAACUGUGGGCUACCCUGCAGCCAUUGCCGCCCACAUGGUGCUCAACGGUGAACUGACAACUAAGGGGCUUGUGGUGCCGAUGGUGAAGAGCAUCUACAGUCCUGUUCUGAAGAGACUGCAGGACGAGGGUCUCCAGUUUAUCACCAAGAGCAGCGUAUCAGAGUAACACAUUCACCUGAGAUCUCACUCACUCUAAAUCGUGAGUGUGUCACUAAACUGUUAGCAGAUGAUAAAUUACUGCUCAUAUUCCACAACGAACGGUCCCAGAUCAUGAACUUGCCUUGACUGUGUAAAGUUAGAGAUGAUCCAAUGGGUAAUAACUUUAUCUUCAAACUUGAAUCUGAAAAGUAGAUUUUGUUAGUCAACAGCGAGUGUCCAUUUUUUUUAUUAGUGUUGUCAUACAUCAGGAGAAUUGUUCUGACCUGCGCAGUGUUGGGUAAAGUUACCUUUACAAUCUUACUCUUCAAAAUAAAUGGUAACACUUUUUAGUUCAGGUCACAAUUCAUGCAAUUAACUACUGGCUUAUUACCUAUCUAAUAUUAAGAUAUUAACGGUUCAUUAGUAGUUUAAAAGUAUGGUCUAAUUCUGUAACACUUUGUAGUAACUACACACUAUGAAUAAUUUAUUAAGCAUUAGCAAAUAGAGAAUUCAUUAUUUGUUAAGCAUUAACUCUAAAUUAAGAGACGUUAGUAAGCAGUUUAUAACUGCAGAUACAAAUGCUAUAAUCUUGACUUAAAAUGUGCUUAAUAACUGUUCUUUCAUGCUUAGUUACUGAUUAAUUUUUCAUGACUAAAUUAAGUAUCGCAUUAUUUACAAAUUAUUUGUAUUUAAGAGUAAUUGGUGGUUUUUAAGGUCCUUCAGAAUGAGUUAGUAAAUGAUUAAUAAACUAUUCAAAUCAACAUUUAUAUCUUAUUAUUCAGGCACAUACUAAUAGUCAAUUUGUGUGUUCAUAAAUGCUUUAUUAACUCAACUUAAUCCAGUUUUGUGACCCAAAGUGAGGACUAUUUAAACUUUAUAAAUCCCUUAUAAUUGACAAUUGAAGGCUUAGUUUCAGAUUAACAAUACUCUUUGCAAUCUUAUCUAAAAAGUCUAAUUAUUGUGAAGUUUAAACAUUGCUGAAUAACAGUAGUGUCAAAAUAUAACAUAAAAUUGGAUAAAACAACAACAAUAUAAUAAUUAAACAAUAUAUUAUGAUACAACAUUAUAAUGUUAUUUAGCGAUGUUUAAACUGCACUGUCAUUUUAUUUUAGUUAAGAUUGCAAAGAUUUAUUAUUUAUUCAAAAGAAUAGAAAUGAAUAAAGCCGUUUAUGUUCUUUUUUUUCCUGUUUAGAAUAGAACCGAGACUUUAAUUGUCAUUUACAAGGGUUUUACAAAGCAUAAAUAGUUUAGAUUAGGUCACAAAACUCGAUGAAGUUGAGUUAAUUAAGUAUUUAUUAACAUAUAACUAUUAAUGUAUGCCUGAAUUAUAUGAUAUAUAAAUGUUAAUUUGAUUAGUUUGUUAAUCAUUUACUUACACAUUCUGAAUAAUAUUUAAAAACCAGCAACUACUCUCGAAUAACUGGUUUGUAAAUGAUGCGAUUACUUAUUUUAUUAAUGAAAAAAUGAUAAUUAACAAAGCAUGAAAAUACAAUUAUUAAGCACAUUAUACAUGUGCUUAUAAGUCAAGAAUAGAGCAGUUGUAUCUGCAGUUAUAAACUCCUUACUAACGUAUAUUAAUUUACAGUUAAUGCUUAACAAAUAAUGAAUUCAUUAGAUACUAAUGCUUAAUAAAUGAUUCAUAGUGUGUAGUAAUUAUAGUGUUACCUCUAAUUCUACAUGCCUAAUCCUACCCAAAACCUAAACCGAACUACUACCUUACUAACCAAUGAUAAGCGGUUAAUUAGUAGUUUAUUAAGCUAGUAGUGGUAGAUAAUGGUUUGUUAAUACCAUGAAUUGUGACCUAAACUAAAGUGUUACUUUAGUUCACUUUAUAAUUACUCCACGCUAAGAACCAUUUAUUAAGCAUUAGCAAAUAGUGAAUUAAUUAUUUGUUAAGCAUUAACUCUUGAUUAAUAGAUGCUAAUAAAUGCUUAAUUAACUCAACUUCAUCCAGUUUUGUGACCCAAAGGGAGGACUUUUUAUACUUUAUAAAUCCCUUAUAAAUGUCAAUUAUUGGCUCAGUUAUGUUCUAAACGGGAAAAAAAAGAACAAACGACUUUAUUCAUUUUUAUUCAUUUGAUAAAACUGUAUCGAAGAAAAAUAAGUAUUUGCAAUCUUAACUUUUAAACAGCUAAACAUCAUUUAAAUUGUUUAAACUUAGCUAAAUAACAUUGUAAUGUUGUAUCAUAUUACAAUGUUCAAUUAUUAUAUUGUCGUUGUUUGUUUGUUUUUUAUCCAACCUAGUUAUAUUUUGACACUUCCGUUAUUCCGCAGUGUUUAAACGUUUAGUAAUUUUAUUUUUUGGAUAGGAUUGCAAAGAUUAUGGUUAAUUUGAUGCUAAUUUAAUUGUCAUCUAUAACGGAUUUAUAAAGCAUAAAUAGUCCUCACUAGAUUAGGUCACAAAACUGCAUGAAAUUUAGUUAAUAAAGCAUUUAUUAACAUGCAAAUUAAUUAUUAAUAUAUGCCUAAAUAAUAAGAUGUAUAAACAUUGGUUUCAAUUGUUAAUGUAUCAUUUACUAACUCAUUCUGAAUGAUCUUAAAAACCACCAACUACUCUUGAGUACAAAUGGUUUAUGCAAUACUUCAGUUAGUCAUGAAAAAUCAAUCAGUCACAAAUUAGGAAAGUACAAUGAUUAAGCACAUUAUACAUGUGCUUAUAAGUCAGGAAUACAGCAUUUGUAGCUGCAGUUAUAAACAUUUAUUAAUGCAGAGUUAAUACUUAACAAAUAAUGAAAUAACUAUAUGCUAAUGCUUAAUAAAUGGUUCAUAGUGUGUAGUUAUUAUUAAGUGUUACCAUGUUACCUUAUAAAUUAAUUAAUUAUUUAAUUACUUAACAAGUUGCUGAGUAACAUAUUUAGUUACUUUUAUUUUUUUUAAGUGACUCAAUAUUGUAAUAUAGUAGUUUUUAAAGUACUUUUACCCAACACUGUACCUACGGCAGUGUUACUUUUUCACAAAGCACUUUUAUUCCCCCAGUGAACCGUCCAGUUUCUUAUUUCCGUCAUUGAAAAUGAACUUUAUACAAAGUCAAUAUUGUAAGAAAAGGUUUUAAACAUGAAUGUCUGCUUCAAAAACAUACUGUGGCUUCAUGUAUGCAAACAUGAUGUCAUGUUGGGUACUACUGAUUAAUGUAACCAUUUUCUGUAAAGCAUUUUUACCAUCCUGUAUGCAUUGAAUUAUUUUUUCAUAUUCUCUUUGAAACUGUAUCAUGUUAAGACAUUGAAAUAAUUUCUACAGCCUUGUUAAAGUGUAGUAUAUUUAAAGAGCUCUUUUAAGAGGAACGCUUGUCCAAUAAAACAUUGGCUUUGGAUUUAUCUCCCUUGUUAUGCGUCAAAUAAACAUCUUGAAUAUU